ACUCACACCUAUUUAAGUCGAUCGAUCGAUCUCUUUCAAUCGUUCCCUUUGCCCUACGUAUCCUUUCUGGGUUCUCUCAUAGACUUAUCUUUCGGCUCAGGUUGGUGGUUGAUCUUCGUUCGUGGAGCAAUUCGAUGGAGAGGGUUAGGAGAGAUGCUCACGCUGGGUCUUGGUACACCGGCAAUGCCAGCAAAUUGGAUGAGGAACUUGAUGGGUGGCUUAAAGCAACUGGGCUGACUAAGUCUUCUAAUGUUAGAGGCAUCAUUGCCCCGCAUGCUGGAUACUCAUAUUCGGGUCGUUGUGCAGCAUUUGCAUUUGCUAACAUUGACCCUGCAAGCAUUUCACGAGUAUUUCUACUUGGUCCUUCACACCAUUAUUACACUCCUAAGUGUGGCCUUACAAGAGCCACUAUAUACAGGACACCUUUGGGUGACUUGCCGGUUGAUUUGGAAGUUAAUGAUGAGCUCCAGGCAACAGGAAAGUUUGAACUCAUGGAUCUUUGUGUUGAUGAAGCAGAACAUAGCAUGGAGAUGCAUUUGCCUUAUCUUGCUAAAGUAUUUAAUGGUUAUCCUGUUAAAGUUGUACCUAUUUUGGUUGGUGCCAUUAAUGCAGAAAAUGAAUCCAUGUACGGUCGACUGCUUGCCAAGUACGUCGAUGACCGUAAAAAUUUCUUCUCAGUAUCAUCGGAUUUCUGCCACUGGGGAUCUAGGUUCAAUUACACACACUAUGAUGCAAAGCAUGGUACCAUCUACAAAUCCAUUGAGGUCCUGGACCAUAUGGGCAUGGAUAUCAUAGAGACCGGGGAUGCUAAUGCGUUCAAAGGGUAUCUACAGAAAUAUGGAAAUACCAUCUGCGGGCGCCGCCCUAUUACUGUUUUCCUCCAUAUGUUAAAGAACUGCUCCACAAAGAUCAAAAUUGAUUUCCUGCAAUAUGAGCAAUCCAGCCAGUGCAAGAGCAAGCGGGACUACAGUGUCAGCUACGCUUCAGCCGCUGCGAAGAUGGAGAGUUGAUGCAGCAAUGCUUCUGACCUUUUGUUUCCUUGCUUCUAUUUAAGCCAAGUUUGCAUUGGUCUGUCCACUUUGCUUUAGCUUUGCUUACAUGAAGUAAAUGUUAGAUUUGCUUUUAGUUAGCAGUUGUUAGUUGUGGUUGGUAAUUGACCCUAACUUAUAAUGUAAUCGAAUGCCUGAGUUCAUUUCUUCAUGUUUGGGUUACACUAAUAGCAAAAGGGCUCACUGUA